GAACAAGCGACGUACGAACAUUAUGAGUUUCUUUUUCGACUUCAUACGAGACGUAUUCCUUAGGAUGUUAGAAUUAAUUUGGUUCGGUAAGCGGAACAUAACAAAUUCGCUGAGCAUAUACGUAAAAACCAACACGGGAAACACGCUUGCCGUUAAUCUAGAUCCAAAAUGGGAUAUAAAGAAUGUGAAAGAAAUAGUUGCAUCUCAAAUGGGAAUAUCACCUGAGGACAUAAAAAUAAUAUUUGCGGGAAAAGAGUUACAUAAUUCGACGAUAAUAGAGGAAUGUGAUUUGGGCCAGCAAAGUGUACUACAUGCUAUUCGAACUACAUCCCAGAGAUUAAACAAAAGUAAAGAGUCAAACGUAUUUGAUGAAUCUGCUGAAAUAUCUGAAUUAAAUGACACUGGUGGGAAGCCCAUGAAUGAAACUCUGACUGAUCUACCUUUCGAUGAAUCAGAUCCACAAGAGAAUUCUUCCAUGGAAGAGAAACCAAGAGAAAACAGAGCACAUUUUUUCGUAUAUUGUUCGACACCAUGCAGAACUGUGACUGUUGGCAAAUUAAGAGUAAGAUGUGCCACGUGCAAUAGCGGUGCAGUCACAGUGGACAGAGAUCCUCAGUGCUGGCCAGACGUAUUACAGCCGAAAAGAAUAACGGUUCAUUGUGAAAACGAUUUCUGUCCAGCACCUGGAUCUGUCUCGAAUGAUGACACUGAAUCUCAAGUCUUGUAUGCACGAUUUUAUUUUAAAUGUGGGAAACACGCUAGCCUGGGAGAAAAAGACGAAGCAGUUCCUCUUUACCUCAUAAAACCGAACUUGGCAAAAAUACCAUGUCUCGCUUGCACAGACGUCAGAGACAUGGUAUUGGUUUUCCCUUGCGAGGCUGGUCAUGUAACUUGCCUCGAUUGCUUCAAGGAGUAUUGUUCGGUUCGAUUGAGAGAACGUCAGUUUCAAUUUGACGACACCAAGGGCUAUUACACGCUUCCAUGUCCAGCAGGCUGUGCAAAUUCUUUUAUCCCGGAAGUACAUCAUUUUCAUCUUCUUAAUCCUGAACAGUACGAGCAGUAUCAGAAAUUCAGUACAGAGGAAUAUGUUUUACGUGCUGGCGGAUUUCUGUGUCCUAGACCAGAUUGUGGUAUGGGUAUUAUACCGGAGUCUCCGGACGAUGGUAGUGAGGAAUGUAGAAGAAUUCAAUGUUUUGGAGGUUGUGGGUACGUCUUUUGUAGAAGAUGUUUACAAGGCUACCAUCUAGGAGAAUGCGAAUCGCAACCGUCUGAAUCUAAUAACGGGACAUGGAAAUCUGGGUACUCCGUCGAUCCAGUGAGAUGGGAUGAAGCUAGUAAAAAGACAAUAAAAAUCUCGACAAAACCGUGUCCGAAAUGUAGAACACCUACUGAGAGAGAUGGAGGAUGUAUGCACAUGGUUUGCACUAGAGCGGGGUGCGGUUAUCACUGGUGUUGGGUGUGUCAAACGGAAUGGACAAGAGAUUGUAUGGGUAAUCACUGGUUUGGAUAAUUUUGAUCAUCGCGUGAUACGAUCAGAACAUUGCUUUUUAUAAAUGUAAAGGAGAAGAGAAUUAGAAGUACAAAAUUAAAUAACUUGUAUUUAAUAUAACAUAUAGGAAUAGAUUGUAUAGAUUGAAUUGCAUUCAGAAAGGAAAAAUAGCAUUUCUACGUAUUUUUCCAUUCUACUAUUCUAUUAGUCAUGUACAGAUCAAGAAUUUAUUAAAUCCCUUAUUUGCUUUGUAAAAAUUUUGCUGAUCACUACCUUAUUAAAUUAUAAUCAUUGUGUGUAGUAAAUACAAGUUUAUAUUUGUAUAUUAGAAUGCCUUCAAUCUUUCUUGUGUAAAGGUACCUGUACAGCACUUUUGAAUAAAUUAUGUAUAUCAUUUCCGAGCUAAUCGUCUGACAAUUAAAUCUUCGAGGAAGUUGAAACGUU